AUGACGAAGAGGAAGACUGCCGACGAACCACAGCCUCUGAAUCCGUCGUCUUCAAAGCGUCCCCGGUUCGAUUUCGACGUGUUCCUGAGCUUCAGGGGGGAGGACACUCGGAAGGGCUUCUCCGGCCACCUCUACGAAGCACUGAAGCAGCGAGGCGUAAAUGUCUUCAUAGACAGCUACGCUGAAUCAAAAUGGUGUCUGGUGGAGAUCGCCAAGAUCGUGGAGUGCGGGAGGUUGGUGCUCCCCAUCUUCUACGACGUGGAGCCUCGGGAGGUGAGGAAUGUCAAGGGUCCAUUCGAAGCUGCGUUCAGGAAGCACGAUGAGGAUGAAGAGUUGAAGGCGAAGACGAAGGAAUGGAGGCAAGCCCUGAGGAGAGCAGGGAGGUUUCUGGAUACGAUCUGA